AUGGGACGCUCGGAGACCAACUGGGGUGGCGAUGGCGGUGCCAGGACCUGCGUCGAAAGCAACAGCUCCUUUGAGCCGGUCGGUGAGGCCGAACGAGGUGAAGAGGUAUCGGACUGCGCGACUGAGGGCGAGGACGACACCGAGGUCGGAGAAGGAGACGAGUCAAACCUUGACGAGUCCGACGACAGCGACACACGCACCGGGUCGGAAGCACGCAGCGACGUCGACGUCGACACAAUGGACGACGAUAUGCUGGGCCAUGAGGGCAGUGGAGUAUGA